GCUAAGCUCUUAGGAAAAGACUUUCCCUCCCUCUUGGAGCUUCUUGCUUCCAUUUCACCCUGUGAAAACUUCUGCUCCAGGGACACGGCUGGCCAAGAACGAUUCAAGACAAUAACUACAGCCUAUUACCGAGGCGCCAUGGGUAUUAUCCUAGUAUAUGACAUCACAGAUGAAAAGUCCUUCGAGAAUAUUCAGAACUGGAUGAAAAGCAUCAAAGAGAAUGCUUCUGCUGGCGUGGAGCGUCUUCUGCUGGGGAACAAGUGUGACAUGGAGGCCAAGAGGAAGGUGCAGAAAGAGCAGGCAGACAAGUUGGCUCGAGAGCACGGAAUUCGAUUUUUUGAGACAAGUGCCAAAUCCAGUAUGAAUGUGGAUGAGGCUUUCAAUUCCCUGGCGCGUGACAUCUUGCUCAAGUCAGGAGGCCGGAGAUCGGGAAACAACGGCAAGCCCUCCAGCGCUGACCUGAAACCAUCUGACAAGAAAAACACCAACAAGUGCUCCCUGGGCUGAAGGGGAGUCCUUGCCUCCUCCCCACAGUGCUCCCUGGGCUGAGGGACAGUCCCUGCCUCCUCCCCACAGUGCUCCCUGGGCUGAAGGACAGUCCCUGCCUCCUCCCCACAGUGCUCCCUGGGCUGAAGGACAGUCCCUGCCUCCUCCCCACAGUGCUCCCUGGGCUGAAGGACAGUCCUUGCCUCCUUGCACUGAACCUGGAGGCUAGA